CCCAGCACGGCACGUCCCGCCCCGCCGCCCCCGGCCCAGGCGAGGCCGGGCCGCCAGAUCCGGCCCCCGCCGGUCCUCCCCGCCCUGCGGCGCUGCGGAGCUCCCGCCUCGCCCCUCUCUCUCCCUCCGCCGACUGCUGCGGCAUCCCGGGGCGGCGGCUCCGGCGACAGCCCGGCCCCGCGCACGGCCCGGGCCGCCGUGGUCCCCGGUCUCGGCCCCGAGGCGAGCGCGGCGAGGCGGGGACUGCCCGCAGGGCUCGGCCCCGGUGGUGCAGCGAUGCCGGCAGCCCGCGCCGGGCCCCGCCGGGCCGCCCUGCUUCCGCAGCAUCGCGGCGGCCCGUGCGCGAUGAGCCGCCCUCCCCUGGGCACCUUCUCCGCCCCGCUCGCCUCCUCCUCCCACGGAGCCACCCUCCUCCUCCGCCCACUCUCUCUGCCAGCCUCCUCCCCGCCCUUCCCCGCACUCCACGCCGGUGCCGGAGCCGCGCGUCACUCGGGCUCCAGCCCCGCCGCAGACAUGGCGACACUGACAGUGGUCCAGCCGCUCACGCUGGACAGAGAUGUUGCAAGAGCAAUUGAGUUACUGGAGAAACUGCAAGAAUCUGGAGAAGUACCAGUACACAAGCUACAGUCUCUAAAGAAGGUGCUGCAGAGUGAGUUUUGUACAGCUAUCAGAGAGGUGUAUCAAUACAUGCAUGAAACCAUAACUGUUAAUGGCUGUCCCGAAUUCCGAGCCAGGGCCACUGCAAAGGCAACAGUUGCUGCAUUUGCUGCAAGUGAGGGCCAUUCACACCCGCGAGUGGUGGAGCUGCCAAAGACUGAGGAAGGCCUGGGCUUUAAUGUCAUGGGAGGAAAAGAACAAAAUUCACCUAUUUAUAUUUCUCGCAUCAUUCCCGGAGGAGUGGCAGAAAGGCAUGGUGGGCUCAAACGUGGGGACCAGCUGCUUUCAGUUAAUGGAGUGAGUGUGGAAGGAGAACACCACGAGAAGGCGGUGGAGCUGCUGAAGGCAGCUAAGGACAGCGUCAAGCUGGUGGUACGCUACACUCCCAAGGUGCUGGAGGAGAUGGAGGCUCGCUUCGAAAAACUGAGAACAGCCCGGCGCCGGCAACAGCAGCAAUUGCUCAUUCAGCAGCAGCAACAGCAGCAAACUACACAGCAAAACCAUAUGUCGAUAUUCUCAAGGAAGAAAAAGCCUCAAUCAAGAGUUCAGUAAUCAAGCAACCAGAGCUGUACUUCAGUAUUCCAGCAAAACGAAACAACUACAUGAAAUAGAAUUCAUCUGGAGAAUAUACAAUACAAGACUAAUGUAGUUAAGUGAGCCAUAGAGAGGGUACCUUCAUGAUAAGGCUUUUCAGCAACACAGCGGUCACAGAUACCUGCUACUGUUGUGACUCUGUUCCUAGUGAGAAAGCAUGAUUGGUAAACCCUAUGAAACAGAGAAGUCCAGGGCUUCCAAAUAAUUGUGUUUGAUCUAAUCUUGCACUCCUUACUCUGACAAAUUUGCCAGUUGGCUUUCUUUUAGUCACUGAAAAUUUUAUUUAAGGAGGUUAAGAUUGGCUGCUUUUGAGGACAGGAUCUUUCUCUACAGUUAUCUCCAGAAAUGUACUACAUCUACAUCAGUUCAAAAUUUUGCCACAGACAUCAGACUUAUAUAUCACGCUUCAUAACCACUUUGUACUAUAUAUUGUAGAGCUGUUUUAACUUAAAUUCCUGUUUAUAAUUUUCAAAUUUCCCUCUGGAAAUAGCAAUUUACUAUAUUUAUAAAGUAUUCCAUUUGUAGAAGCAAUUGGCUUUUUACUCUUGGUGUUUCCAUAUAUUUUAUUAUGCAUCAACAGAGUGAGAAAGUUUUAGGUCAGCUUUAAUUUUAUUAGUAGUAAAGUUAGGGAAGCCUAGAACUGUAUUUUUAAACGUAGGUAUUGCUUGUAUCUAUUAUAGUUACUAUUCAGAAAUCUAUAACUGGAUAUAUUAUAUAUUUAUUCCAUAAAAUAUAUAUUGUCUGAAUGUACCUUUUAGAGAAGUAGGGUCUUUGCUUAGCAUGUAUUGCAAAUGUGGUAAGCUAAUGUUAGCAAAAGACCAAGCUUUGUUAGGCAGAUAUUACUGUGAUUGCAUAAUCUCUGCAUUUCUGUAUUGUUUAAUUUAUUUUCCUGUCUAAUGUUAAUAUAUUUUAGAGAGGAGGAAGUGUAAGUUGUUUCUUUUAAGACUCACACAUUAUCAUUUAAAUCAAUUUGAAAUUAGAGUUCCUUUUUUUUUAAAUUAAACCAAAUUGGAAUGUGCAAAGAAAAUCUAUAACUAAGUUCUUAAGUUUACAUGUCUGCUUUUCCAAAGAAGAUAGUCAAAGCUGGAAGGCUACAGAUGUCACCUGCUUUUAGAAAAUAAGAAAAUGGACCCCAAAUCCUAAGAAAAAUUAAAAUAAUAAUUUUCACAUGCCUUCUAUGCUUCAUUAAAAAAGAUGGGGGAGAAAAGGAACUUAGAGAAGAACCCUACAGUCAUUUGCAUGUUGAAAACUCCAGCUGAUGUCAGUGAAAGUUCAGUAAUGAGAGGAAUGUAGAAAUAGUUAAAACCAGUAUUCUGGUUGAGAACUUGGAACAAAGUCAGAAACAAUAUUUUGAAGGAUCUAUUCUCAAAGGGAGAGAGAGACAAAGGAAAACGGGAAAUUGGCAGUAUCAUAGCAUAUGUUAGAAACCAAAUGCAGGCUAGCCAAAAGUCUUGACAGUGUUUGAUUAAUGUAAGUAGUCAUUAAAAGGAAGUUACUGUAUUUUUAAAACCAAACAGCAUGGAUUCAUCUUGAGAAGCCUCAUUUUAUACCAAGAAGUAAUUCUAUCUACUAGUCAUCAGUGACAAUAUCAAUUAAGACAGUGGAGUUUGAGAAGUAUCAGAACUGAAGAUGAAAUAUAUUGUAUUGUGCUCUGCACGGUGUCUUUUUAUACUUAAUAAAAUUGUACGUACCUAUUUUAAAACUGUAUUCUCAAACAGACAUUGCUAUUAAUAUUGACAAUACAUAAAUUGUUAUUAUGACUGCAUAUAA